AGGAAAUGCCCCGGGAACAGGAAAAGGCCGGGGCUGCCAUGUGAGCGACGCCUGCAGCUUCCCUGGCCGGGCACAGCUGCCCUGACUUGCCAAGAUGGGCAAGAAAAAUAAGAAGGAGAAGAAGGCCAAGGGGGCCGAGAAGACAGCGGCCAAGAUGGAGAAGAAAGUCUCCAAGCGGACCAAGAAAGAGGAGGAGGACCUGGAGGCGCUGAUUGCCCAAUUCCAGUCUCUGGAUGCCGCAAAGACGCAGGUGCUGGAGACCCCCUGCGCCCCUCCCUCCCCAAGGCUCAACGCCUCUCUCUCCGCCCACCCCGAGAAAGACGAGCUCAUCCUGUUCGGAGGUGAAUAUUUCAAUGGCCAAAAAACCCUCCUCUACAACGAGCUCUUCGUUUACAACAUCCGGAAGGACAGCUGGGCUAAAAUCGAUAUUCCGAGUCCUCCGCCUCGGCGCUGUGCUCACCAGGCUGUGGUUGUUGCUCAGGGUGGCGGACAACUCUGGCUGUUCGGUGGGGAAUUUGCUUCUCCGGAUGGGGAGCAGUUCUACCACUACAAAGACCUCUGGGUCUUGCAUUUGGCCAGCAGGACCUGGGAGCAAGUCAAAGCUUCAGGAGGGCCCUCUGGGCGGAGUGGACACCGGAUGGCGGUCAGUAAGAGGCAACUCAUUGUCUUUGGAGGCUUCCAUGAAAGUAGCCGAGAUUACAUCUACUACAACGAUGUCCAUGCUUUCAACCUGGACACCUUUGCUUGGUCUAAGCUGGCUACUUCUGGGAUCGCCCCGGCCCCGAGGUCAGGUUGCCAUCUGGCUUCAACACCUGAGGGCCACCUCAUGGUCUAUGGAGGCUACUCCAAACAGCGAAUUAAGAAAGACGUUGACAAAGGGACCCUCCAUACAGAUAUGUUCCUCCUGAGUGCUGAAGGCUUGGAAAAAUGGACUUGGAGCAGGGUGAGUCCUUCUGGUGUGAAGCCAACACCCAGAUCUGGCUUCUCGGUGGCCCUGGGGCCCGGCAACCGCUCUCUUCUCUUUGGUGGGGUCCAUGAUGAAGAAGAGGAGGAACGUCUAGAAGGAGACUUCUUCAACGAUAUUUAUUUCUACGAUCUGGCAAAGAAUCGGUGGUUUCUUGGACAAUUAAAGGGAUUGAAGUCCGACAAAAAGAGAAGAAGACGAGGCGCAGCGAAAGGGGAGCCCCAUCAGGCUGGUGGUGGAGGGGAUGAGAUGGAAGGACAGCCUCCCCCUGGACCUGUGGAGAUUGUCAAGGAGGUGGUGGCAGAAGAUGGGACUGUGAUGAUUGUCAAGCAGCUGAUCUCAGCUCCCCAAGGGAAGUCAACGGAGUCACCAGAGUCGGAAGGAGAAGACGAUGACGGGGGGAAUGAAGCCUCCAACCCUCCAGUGGAGCCCUGCCCGCGUUCAAAUGCCAUGCUGGCAGUGAAGCAUGGGGUCCUCUACCUCUAUGGGGGGAUGUUUGAGGUGGGAGACCGCCAGUUCACUCUCAAUGACCUCUACGCCCUCGACCUCCACAAAAUGGAAGAGUGGAAGGUCCUUGUGGAGAUGGACCCAAAAGCUCAGGAAUGGCUUGAAGAAUCAGAGUCGGAUGAAGAUGUGGAAGGUGCCGAAGGAGGAGAGGAGGAAGAGGAGGAGGAGGAAGAGGAAGAGGACUCUGAUGAGGAGGAGAGUGGAGAGGAUGACAAGGAACAUCCAGCUGUGCAACAGGAUGAAAGAUUUGCCGACUACCUGUCCAGGACAGAGCAGUACUGGGUGAACCUGGCCCGCCAGAACCUGGGCCCUGAUGCCAAAGAGAAGAAGACGGUGAAGGUGGGGCAGGCCAUGGCAAAGGCGUUCUAUGAAGGCGCCACCUAGGCGAGGCUUACAAGGACUAGGGCCAAGUGGUUGCGUUUGGCCAAUCCUGACCUCCACAAGGCAGGAUCUGACUUGGCAGUUGAUUGCUUAGAAGGCCUGUGUUGAAUAAGUUACUUCACUCAAGGAUUUGAGAGCAAAGUAACUUGACAUACGCUGAGAAAAUCCGACGUUGUUCUUGAUAGACGUAAGCCAAGCCAAGGCUUUGAGGGACAGGCUUUCUGUGGGGUUUAGUCCUUCACAGGCAGGGAGGGGGAUCUUUACAAGGUUCAGGGUCUCCAGGAAGAUCCAUCUCCCAAUGUUCUUGUGUUGGGAAGCUAGCUCUGUCAAGAGAGCCACUGUUAUUCCGGCUUCUCCUGAGGACUUCUGGGUUGUGGUAGUGUGUCGGUGCUGAACGGCUGGAGGAUUUGCUGAUGGCCCUGUGGGUGUACGGUUGCGCUCGAAGAGAAAGCCAUAUGUACGAAGAAAACAGAAAAGGUUUUGAGAGCGAGCGGCUGGAAUAACACCUUGAAUGUUUAAUAGAAGCCACAUCUCACAUGGAUGCAGUCAUGAGGCUGGAAGCUGGAGUUUGCCUUUUUAAGAGUGUUUACCAAUAAAAAUGCUUUUGCUGAUGA